UGACGUCAUGCCAUACCAAUGGUGAGGUCGUCUCCUGUAACUAAUAAAUGUAGUCUGUGUAUGCUGCGUUAUAGCGUAUGUUUCACGUAGAGCGAAUAUCUAAAUGCUUUUAGUCCACUGUAGCUGGUGGCAGUCCUCUGCCCGCAGCGUUGCCCGCUCCCGCGGCUAACUUUAGCCUGACACUCAGCUGUUUUGAACGCUAGCAGUAGCUAGCUGGCGUUUGAGCUAGCAGAGGUUAUAACAGGGGGAAUUUAUCAUGCCUUUAGAAGACGCUUUCUAACUGUGUUAGGCGUUAUGAAAUGAUCUGUCAGUCAUCCGUAGCCUCUGAGUGACCUGCCUCGUCUCGAAGACCACCAGUCAAGCUUGUCUUGGCGCUGGACCCCCAAUCUGCCAUGCAGCCAUGAGCUCGGCACUGUGGAGCCAGGAGAAGCCUAGCGGGGGCUUCAGGGAGGACUGGCGCUUCUACAUGGUUGUUAAAGAGUGCACUGUGGAGAAGCCCGCCCAGAAGACCCUGAGGAUUCCCCGUGGUAGCCUCGGCCAGUCCUGCCAGGAGCGCAACAGCCUGGGGCGACCGCUGCCACCAUGUAAGGGCAAGAAGAGCCUCCGCAUCCUGGACCAGACCAACGUGGUGCUGAGCCUGGAUGAGCGGGAAGUCGUGGAGCUGGACGAGAAGCUGGCUGAACUGCUGUUCCCCAUCACCAACUGUGAGGAGCGAUGCAACUUGCUCUGUGAUGAGGAACGGCUUGAACGUGUCAGAGACAUCGACUGUGGCUCCAAGGUGCGCGUGCAGCUGCGCUCAGGAGACAAACCUCUGCCUGGAGUGGUCCGCUUCAAGGGCUCACUGCUUCCUGACAGAGCCCUCUCUGGAAUCUGGUUUGGCGUGGAGCUCCUGGAGGAGGGUCGGGGCCUGGGCUUCACUGAGGGCUCUUACCAGGGUCGGCAACUCUUCCGAUGCGAGGAGGAAUGCGGCGUAUUUGUGGCGUUGGACAAGCUUGAACUCUGGGAGGAUGAGGAUGAUGAAAGUUUGAGCCAGCUGGAGGUGAAUCAGGUUAGACUGGAGGAUGACCAGGACUAUCCUCCGCUGGAGAUCAACUCGAGGGUGGUGCUGAGAGAGGAGCCCGAGAGAGGAACCGUCAUUUUUUGCGACUUUCUACCAGGGAAUGAGACUCUGGGUUACUAUGUGGGAGUUGACAUGGACAAUCCUAUUGGGGACUGGGAUGGCAUGAUUGAAGGGAAGCUGGUGUGUAAUUUUGCCAGUUUGGAGCACACUCGACUUGUCCCCAUCGGUGACGUAAUGCCAGAAUAUUCCAUGCAGGACCAAAGGCCGCCAAAGCACAGUUUUGCCCCCAGAGGCAGCGACAAAUCAUCCUCUGGUCAAAGCAAACCAAAGAGCAAAGGAUUAGCUCAUCAGUGUGGCGGUAGAAGCAAGUCUGAAUAUUAUUAUACUUUAAAUGGCAGCUCUCUUGAUCCCCCAGCCCAGCCCAAAUCCAAAAGCACAUGGUACAUUGAUGAAGUUGGAGAAGACCCCGCUAAGUCGCUCACUGAAACCCCUCCUGAAUUCAGCCAGUCCUCUCCGCCCUCCAGAGCCCCGCCCUCUUCUUUGCUGUCAAGUGACAACAAGUUCCACUCGCUGCCCUUCAGCCUGAACCGCAAGACCCCUGAGAAUAUAAGCCAGGGGGCCAUCUCGCUCUCUGUCCAGUCUGUGAUGGGAGAGCAGCCCGAACCCCCAUUGCCCGCUGCCCCUCAAUCUCCACGGCCUCCAACGCCUCCCCGAGGACAGCCAGGUCUUGAGGUGGGCUCUCUGGUGGAGGUGAAGGAGAACCCCCCUCUGUGUGGUGUAAUUCGCUGGGUGGGCCUUCCUCCUGGCCUGCUGGAGCCUUUGGCUGGACUGGAGCUGGAAGAAGAGUGUCCCGGAUGCACUGAUGGUACUUUUAAAGGAACUCGCUACUUUACCUGCCCACCCAAAAAAGCUCUGUUUGUGAAGCUGAAAUGUUGCCGGCCUGAUUCCCGCUUCCCCUCCUUGCACCAUUCAUCCAACCCCAUAGAGCGGUGCAACUCUAUUGCCUUUGGGGGUUAUCUGAGUGAGGUAGUGCAUGAAAACACUCCUCCACGUACAGAGAAUGAUGGUCUGGAUGUCAUGGUGGGAAAAAAGAAAGGCAUUCAAGGCCACUACAAUUCCUGCUACCUGGAUUCAACUCUCUUCUGUCUUUUCUCCUUCAGUUCUGUUCUGGACACGGUUCUGUUGAGGCCACGAUCAAAGACUGAUGUCGAGUAUUACAGAGAGACUCAGGAGCUGCUACGCACAGAGAUAGUCAAUCCACUGCGCAUACAUGGGUACGUUUGUGCCACAAAAGUGAUGAAGCUCAGGAGGAUCCUCGAGAAAGUAGAAGCUGCCUCAGGAUUUACUUCUGAAGAAAAAGAUCCUGAGGAGUUCCUUAAUAUCCUUUUCCAUCACAUAUUGAGGGUGGAUCCGCUGCUGAAGCUAAGGUCUGCAGGUCAGAAAGUCCAAGACUGUUAUUUUUACCAAAUCUUUAUGGACAAGAAGGACAAGAUUGGAGUUCCAACCAUCCAGCAGCUCCUGGAGUGGUCCUUCAUAAACAGUGACUUGAAAUUUGCAGAGGCUCCCUCUUGCCUUAUCAUCCAGAUGCCACGCUUUGGCAAAGACUUCAAAAUGUUCAACAAGAUUUUUCCCUCCUUGGAGUUGGACAUCACCGACCUUCUUGAAGACACUCCGAGGGAAUGUCGCAUCUGUGGAGGCCUGGCUCUCUACGAAUGCAGAGACUGUUAUGAGGACGGGGAUAUCACUGCUGGCAAGAUUAAACAGUUCUGUGAAAAGUGCAAUACACAGGUUCACCUUCACCCGAAAAGGAAAGCCCAUCGACACAACAAACUGUCCGUCCCCAAGGAGCUACAGGAAGGCAUGGGACGUCAGGGCGGGUUUCCUCGCCAGCGGAUGGAGCUGUUUGCUGUGCUGUGCAUCGAAACCAGUCACUACGUGGCCUUUGUCAAGUACGGCAGUGCGGACUCUGCCUGGCUCUUCUUCGACAGCAUGGCGGACCGUGAUGGGGGCCAGAAUGGUUUCAACAUACCGCAGGUGUCUCUAUGUCCUGAAGUGGAAGCCUAUCUGAAAAUGACCCCAGAAGAGCUGCACACCUUGGACCCCAAGAGCAUCCAGGGUCAGGCGCGACGUCUGCUCUGCGACGCCUACAUGUGCAUGUAUCAGAGCCCAACCAUGAGCCUUUACAAGUAGAUCCCUCUCCCUAAAGCCUCUGCCUUUCAUCCUCUGCCACUCCAUCUCCACUCCUUCAGGCCUGGAGGUUCAGAGAAAGACCAGAACUCUUAUGGCUGAACUAAUAAAAGAAAUGCUGUCUACCAGCAGGGGGUGGUAUCUGGAGUAAUCAUCUCCCUCAAUGCCGGCUCAUUUCUGGUUCUCCCAAGUUAGGGAGACGGACGAGAGAAGGGAGAAGCCUAUUUGCACUGUGCAUUAGUUUAAAGUAUUGUGUUCUUCAUGUAGUCCUAUGUAGCUUUCAUGUGUCUCACAGCUGCGCAUCGGCGGUGAUUAAUGAAGCGAAAGUAGGCAUUAUGAGGAUUCACUCCCUAUUUAGGGAGCAUGGAGAUGAUGGGCGACGGAGCGUGUUGCAUCGCAGUGGCUGACUAAACAUUUGCAACAAAAACAAAACGAGCCUGUGGGAGGACCUUGCUCACCUCAUUUACCUUAAGAAAAGAGGAGUCCUGCUAUUCUUAAUCACUGUAAAACAUGGGAGCUUUCCAUAUCGCACAUUAGGGAAGCAACACAGUGUGGAAAACUUCACCCAGCCUCUAUGUGCUGUUCUAAAACCUUGUGCAAAAUCUCUAAGUAGCAUAGACUUCUCUGGGUAGUAACAGUAUAGAUGUCAGCAGAUCCUAUUCUGCUCUUUGUGAACUGGUUUACGUAUUUCCAUAUCAUAUGUAGAAAAGUCUUUCUGUGUAUGAUUUUCAGAAUAAGAUGCAGCAUUUGUGAAAGUAUUGCGCUUUGCCACAAAUUUCAGCACCUUUCCAGUAUCUCCAAGUGGACCUAUCAGGAAACGUUAAAGUUUUUUUCUUAUACUCUCCCAUUUGAAGUCACACUGAGUGCUAAUUUGUUGGUUGGGAGACAUCAGAGUUUUGUUCCAGAAUACAAAUUUGCUCCUCUGCUGUAGCUCUAAAGAAUGGCCUGCAUUGCUAAUGCAGAGUAGGUGGCAGAUAAAUGCAUGAAAGGAGACUUGUACAAUGGCUUCUAUUGUAAAGCUGCUUGGUGGACCGCUCUGUGCAUUCAUAGGGUCAAUGAGGUGAAAAACUGGAGAGGUCUGGCUGUUUUUCCUGCAAGUCGAGAGCGUGUGGUGUGAAGAAAUGCAGUGUCCCGCUCUUUGUGUUAACGAGGAAGUCUGAAUUAUGUUUUAUGUUUACAAAGCCUUUCUCCCCUCCCCUACCUGUCCUGGCAGGUCUGAUUUCCAACAGAAGAAAAGUAUUGACUUCUGCUGCGUUUUAAUAAAAGUGUGGUGUGUGAUACUUCCACCCUGGCCCUAGAUAACAGAACAGAUCUGAUCAAAUAUUAUUUAUUAAACUCUAAUUAUAACAAAAUCAGAAAAAAAAGCAGGGUUGAUGAUGAUGGGUACUCUUUGUCCACUUUCACUGUAUAUUUAAGUGAGUGUUUGUACUUUAUGUUGUCUUAUAGCAACUACUGAUUGUUAACAGGGACUCAAUUAUCAGUUAACAAAGGACGGGAAAUGAAGAGGCACAAUGGGUGUAACCUUGGAACACCAUGUAUCUGUGUAUUUAAAUAAGACAUUUUAUUAAAGAAAUAAAACAGAAA